CUAAUGGGUUUCAGAGAGAAUAGACAGACAAUUCAGCGCAUGAACGGGCUGUCGCUAAGGAAUUCACCUUAGGUGUCCCCCCUCCCCCUUCCCCUUUUUCUCCCCCCCACCCCCCACCCCACCAAUAGGGCAUUAUUUUAAUUUCAACUAAGAACUUAAAAAAAAAAGAAUCGAAAGGAAAAAAGAGAAGAUUUCCUAUAAUCAUGUGUCUCUGGACUGUUGAUUCUCUGUCAUUUGUUGAGCGUUUGGAGGAGAGGAGCGGACCACAUUAACGUGUUCAAACGCCAUUUAACGUUGGACAGCGGAGGCAAGUGGACUUUUCAAAUAGCUUUUGCAUCUUUGAUAUGAAACCCGGCGUUGUGAUACAUGCAUUGGCGUAUUAGGGGCCAUCCAUAUUUCUCGGCAUCUAAUUUUUUCACCAGAGGAGUGAUAUAGCCUGCUCUGACGUCUGCAUCAGAUAUUACCCAGUGCUUUUUCAAUGUGCAUUUUCCCCUCAGUGACUUUGCGCUGAUCUACAUCAUCAUCAGCAGCAGCAACGGGGGAAAAAAGGGGAAUGAAGAUUUCAUUUUUCUUUUUUUUAAACCCACCGCUCCCCUCCAGCCGACCAGCGUUCCCAGCUCAAACAAAUAUCUUUUAACAACAUCACGUUGUGGAAUAGUCUGGCGCCGGAGCAUCGCUGGAACCAUGCCUCUUCUGCAGAUUUGGACUGGGAAAUUUCAUCCACCAAUUUGAUCAUCAAGAGGCUGCUGCUCAGUCAUUCAUGCCAGUGUUUGUUUUUUUAAGGGGAAGAAUACUUGUCAUCACUUUUAAAAGUAUUGUGUAUGCCGUUUUUUGAGCAAGAUGUCUGAUCUUCUGGUGUUGGUCGAGGGACUCUGUGACCUGCACGGAUUUCCAUAGCCGGGGAAAACAGCGGGGGCCAAUUACGAGAUUUUUUUUAAAAAUCGAGAAGCCUAUUUUAAUCAAGACAUCGCAUGCGUAGAUGUAGGCUAGUUUAUUCGACAUUUUUAAGAGGCAAUUAUUUUUUUAAUUGCCAGUUUUUACUUUGUGCAUUUUCUGGAGGACCACUGGACUGGUUGGAUUAUAGAAACUAUAUAUAAGGAUUUGUGGAGAUGUUGGGUCGUCAAGAAGAUAAAUUAUGUGGAAUUUUCUCUGCUCUGGCGGCUUUGUCCUUCUUCUGCUUUGUUCAAAGCUCCUCCACUGGAAGCACCGGAAUGUCUGUGGCCAAGACUACCGUGGACAAGUUGCUGAAGGGAUAUGACAUCCGUUUAAGGCCUGAUUUUGGAGGUCCUCCAGUCAUCGUAGGAAUGAGCAUCAACAUAGCAAGCAUCGACUCCAUCUCAGAAGUAAACAUGGACUACACCAUCACAAUGUAUUUUCAGCAGAGCUGGCGAGAUAAGCGUUUGGCCUAUGGUGAGCUGGACCUAAACCUGACUCUGGACAACCGUGUAGCAGACCAGCUUUGGCUCCCUGACACCUACUUCCUUAAUGACAAGAAGUCCUUUCUUCAUGGUGUGACAGUAAAAAACCGUAUGAUCCGACUGCACCCUGACGGCACAGUCUUAUACGGGCUGAGAAUAACCACCACUGCUGCUUGCAUGAUGGACUUGAGGAGGUACCCUCUGGAUGAACAAAACUGCACCCUGGAAAUUGAAAGCUAUGGAUAUACCACAGAUGACAUCGUAUUCUUCUGGCAAGGAGGAAACAACGCUGUGACGGGCGUUGACAAAUUAGAGUUACCUCAGUUUUCCAUUGUAGACAUCCGCUUGGUGUCCAGGGAGGUCAGGUUUACUACAGGUUCAUAUCCAAGGCUUUCGCUGAGUUUCAGGAUUAAGAGGAACAUUGGAUAUUUCAUCCUGCAGACAUAUAUGCCCUCCAUCUUGAUCACCAUCCUCUCCUGGGUCUCCUUCUGGAUCAAUUACGACGCCUCUGCAGCUCGGGUGGCCCUGGGUGUGACAACGGUGCUUACCAUGACAACAAUUAACACCCACCUUAGGGAGACUCUCCCAAAGAUUCCGUAUGUGAAAGCCAUUGACGUCUACCUCAUGGGCUGUUUUGUGUUUGUGUUCCUGGCCCUGCUCGAAUAUGCCUUUGUAAAUUACGUGUUCUUUGGCCGGGGCCCUGCGCAACAGAAGAAAAUCAAUGAGAGGCUGAACAAAGCCAACAACGAGCGCACCAGAUACGAAGAGAAGCGCCUGAGGGAACAGGUGGAUGCUUAUGGAAACAUCCUCCUCACCACGCUGGAGAUGAACAACGAAGUGAUGCCUUCUGACGUGGGAAGCAGCGUCAGUGACUCUCGGAAUUCAGUCAUGUCCUUCGACAGCUCCGGGGUCCAAUUCAGGAAGCCCAUGGCGCCCCGAGAUGGCUUCAGCCACCACUCACUGGACCGGAGCGCCAUGCGGAGCCGGGCCAACUGUCGGCUACGGCGACGCUCCUCCAAGCUCAAGUUGAAAAUCCCAAACCUGUCAGAUGUUAGCACCAUUGACAAGUGGUCCCGGGUCAUUUUCCCUAUCACCUUUGGAUUUUUCAACCUAAUCUACUGGUUGUACUAUGUGAAUUGAUGUGCAUCCCACUAGGAAUCAUGGGCCAUAUUUUGAGAGCACAUUAAAUUGGCUUUGAUACAGUUCCAAAAUAUGUAUACACAUAUACAAGUUGAACAUAUGUAUAUGCAUAUUUCUAUAUAUUAUAUUUAUAUAUACACAUGUGAAAUCUGAAGGACCUUUCUGCUGUACAAAGUAUUAAUAGGAUGACUUGAAUGUUUAAGAAUAAUUGUGAGAGAAGAAUUUCAAGGCUUUGAGUUUCUUUUUCCUCCUGAAAGAAAGAAAGAAACAAACAAACAAACAAACAAACAAACAAACAAACAAACAAACAAACAAACACGAGAUCCCACCAGGGGUUUUUGGAACUAAAGACUGCAUGAUAUUUUUGCUAAAAAAAAAACAAGAAAAAAGAGAAAGUGGAAGCUCUUGAGAGAGAAAAGAUGUCUCAGAGUCCCAUUGACUUUUUAUUGAUACUUAUUGUGAUCAAAAAUCCUCUACUGCAGCUCAUGAAAUCAGUGGUGGCUCGUCUGUUCAGGCAUCAGCUGAGUGAGAUCCUUGACACACCCCCACCCCCGCCGCCCUCACCCGACCUACCCGCCCACAACCCCUCCCACCCCAUUGCCCAUGGAUAACAUGCACGGAAAUCUCCGGUUCUACUAUGUACAGCAACCUUGUUUGGAUUAUGUGUUGUUCCUUGGGUUUUUUGCAGUGAUAUCGUUCUCUUAAUCAGACAUCAGCUCUGGCCUAAUGGCUCUCCAUUAGAUGGCCGUGUGGAUGGGAUGUUUGACCGCCGCAUCCCCGCCCAGAGUCAACGCAAACUUGUGUUCCUUUCUCUUCUCAUGUUAUUUUUAGAAACACAUCCUUGGGAAGGGGGCGGGGGGUCUUUUUGAUUAAGGUUAAAAACAAGUGCUGAUUAUUGUAGAUAUGAUUUUGUCUUGAAAAAUACUGUGAUUUCAGAGAGUGUCAGAACAUGUUCUAGAGCUAGGGCAUUAUGAGAUAAAAGAGUCAAAGGUAUGCAUUGCUCAUUUUGAUUGUGUGAAAAAAAAAAACAUAUUCUAUACAUUUUAUCAUUCAGAUGCUCAUGAAAGUAUACUUGUACUGUUUCUUUCCUCCUAUUGAUUGAUUCAUAUGCUCAUUAGGUGCAGAGUUCAUUGAUGUCAUAUCCUGCUUUGUGUUUGCUAAAAGGAAAGGAUGGGGGUGGGGGGGUGGGGGGGGUGCUUUUGUGAUUCAUUUGAAAUUAUUCCACAGUGAAGAUGUGAGAACAUGUAUAUUCAAAAGAGUCAACACAUCAGCCCACAGUUUGACCAGUUGUCAUUCAGUAUACAGUAUUUCUUUGUUUGUUGAGCAUUUUUUCUGUGUUGGAGUUGCAGUUUCUGAAGGCAAGAUUAUUUGAUUGGGAUAGUAAUGGGCAGCCCGGGCGGAAGAUGUGGGGAGAAGGAUUCAACGUUUCACACUCUAAAUCAGUGCCAUCACACAAAUGCUACGAAGCCAGAGGAUCAGAAACAUCAGCCUGAUCAGGAAUGAUACACUGAUUCUCUGGGAGAAAAUGUGUGAUAAAUAGCCAUGAAUUGAAAUGAUGACCAAAAGGCCUAUAAUACAUAUGUAUUAUUGUUUAGUUCUGCUCUCAAACGCAACACAACACAACAAAAAAAAAAAAAAACACACUGCAUUUCCAGUGCUCAGGUUCAUUAGCAAAGUGAAAAAAAGUACUGUAGGAGCUUGAUUUUUUUUUUUUUUUUUUUUUUUUUAAAUCAGCCAAGAUAAUCAUAUCUUUAUAGGAUGGGGAAUCCAAAACAGCCACCACAUAAAAGUUAAAGAAAUAAUAAUGGAGUUGGAGCAUUAGGUGACUGAGGCAGAUGGACAGUGGACAUUGUAGGGAAGACAGGGAAGAGUUAAAACACAAAUUUAAAAAAAAAUCCUCCCAUGCCGAAGUGCAGAUUAGCAUCUUUCUGUGUCCUCUUCACUUCAAGCACAAACAAGCCCUACCAGGAACAACAGGCUCGGAGCAAAUCCUACACAACCAAAUCUAUCAUGGGUCCUGUAGCAAAAAAACAACAACAUAUAUUUAAAUGAUUGAUAAAAAUGGAAAAAAGAGGGGGGAAAUUGUCAUACACACAAACACAUGGGGACGGGGGAAGAUGGAAGGCUUUCAGAGUAAUCAGUUUAUCAUCAGAAAUAUCCACUCCCCUUUGGAGCGCAGGGUGUAGUAUGCACAAGAUGUCUUCAGAAAGGAAUACUGAUGAGAAACCAAUUUGUCUCUGUAAGUCAAAGUGAAGUUUGUACAGUGAUGUGGCCCGAGCUGUGAUCCGAGUUUAGUAUUUCUGUUUAUUUAAAUUUUAUGCAUCAUCGUCAUUGUACUGUAGAAGCAAAAGAAAGAAGAAAUAAGAUCGUCUUUAAAUAUCCAGUAAUCCAUAAAAAUAAACAGGACGUCUCGAGGUGGUGACAGUAACAGGAAGAGUUUUAUGUUUUUGUCUGCAGCUGAACAAUCUGUUGUUUGUCUUUCAGUCAACUGUGAGGUCCAAAGGAUUACAUGACCAAAACAUAGUGAUUAUUCCUAAAUGUGAAGAAAGUAAAUUUAUUGUUAUUUAUGAGAAAAGUGACAAUGAGUCAACAAGUGCCACAAUAAACUAAAGUAGCAGUGAAUAUUGUGAGAAAAUUGCCUCUGGGUUAAAAUGUUUAACUCCAAGCUCUGAAGCAGGUUCUAUUGUGUUAUAUAGAGAAUAAAUAUUCAGUAUUAUACUCUAGUUUAGGGUAACGGCUGAAAUGGUGGCAUAUGUUAUAAUGCACAAAUACAGAGUUCUUCAAAAUUGCCAAACAGAAGGGAGUUGAGACUGAAAUUCAACAAACUUGACUACAGUAGCAUCAGUUGUUUCCACAUGCAGGCUUAGUUAAGAAUGCUCAGUGCCAGUUUUAAAAGAGAACUCCACCGAUUUGACAUCGCACUCCUAUAACAUUGUUAUUGUUGAUGCAGCAGGACCAGAGAUCAGUCAUCGUCUUUAUUCCAGAUGUUCUUCUUCCUGGUGCCUACAUUACCCACAGUGCACCUCAUCUGCCGACAAUCCUGUCAGAAGUAGGGGUUUGUUAUGCUAGUAGCGGCUAAUGUAGCCUUGAGCCGCAAGCCUCAAACAGAGGUGAGGAGCAGGCUGCAGAGGUCUGGCAAGCUCACUUCUCAACACCCUCCACACCCCCAGAUUUUUUUUUUUUUCAUUUUUAAACUUCUUAGUCUUCUGCCCUAACCGAUGCUGACUCAAGUGACAUCACAUGAGGCUAUUUAUCAACUUUUUUUCACGUAUGCAAUAGCUCUCCUCAAGCUGUAAACAGACUUUGAUGUGUAAAAUCUGUGGAGUUCCCCUUUAAAGCAUAAGAUACAUCCCUGAGACAUGCAUGCUGCAUUUCUAACUUAUAAAACUGUUCUCUUUUGAGAUGUCAGAUGUGGACAGAGGCGUCUGAGUGAGGGGUAUUCAGGCACUUCUGAGGCGGUGAUUACCACUGUUCACAUUCAUGUUUCAGGAAGUCUUGUCCUAGGAAUUUUUGAACAAAUGAAAAUAAAGGAAGGUGGUAAUAGUUAGGGUAUAAUGAAUGCAAGUUUAUUUAAAUAAUACACUUUACUGAGUUUUUUAUUUUUAUUUAUUUAUUUAUUUAUUUUGCAUCAUUUCAUCUCAGUCUGAACACUUACAGCUUGUCAAACUGUUAAAAGGCAACAUGAUGGAUCUCUGCUGAGAGUUGAGUUAGACUGUGAGGCCAGAGGAUACGAUUUGUUCCACAUAUGGUUUGUAAAAACUAUAGGCAACCAUAAGUGUUAUUUUAACUAACUCAAUGAAACAUGUUUGACCAGAAAGAAGCCUAAUCCAUCCACUCUUGCAUUUUGUAACGCAAACUAACACAAGUAUCAAAUUCUCAUUCAGGUUGGAUUAUUCCCAGAAAUGAAUACAAACAUGCCUAUUCAGGUAUACAUGUUUUUUGAGAUAGUUGAUACAUAUCUUUAAUGAACUCCAAACACUACGGAGGAGAAACAUUUGCAGCCCUUGCAUGCUCGCAGUAAAUACCAUUCAUUUCACUCAGAACAUGCAUUACCUGCUUUCUGGACAUGAAAUCAGCACAUUCAUCCCAAAAGCUGUGAGGAUCUUCUGUUCUAUGCUUUUACUUUAGGAUAUUUGCUUAUACAAGAGAGAAAAUAGAUUUCUUUUGACACAUAUGUUCAAGGAGAAGAGGAGGAGAAAAAAAAGUGUUGAACUGAUUUCAAUGUGAAUUUUCUUGCCUCUAGUGUAUAUGUGUAAUUACAUGUGAAUUGUACUGUAAAUAUGAUAUCUUUCACUUAAUAGUUCUUAAUGCAUGAACAAAAACAUGGCAGUUCGUAAUACCAGCUAGCCUCACUGCUAAUGGCAUGGACAGCUUCUCUAGCAUUGGCAUACUUCUGCAAACGAAACCUAAAAAAUGAGACACAAGAAAUACAUGGUGUGAACAAAAUAAUGGAGAAAUCAAUGCAAAGUCCUCUCACAGUGAAGGAGUUUCUGGUGGCUCUGAGCUUGUAUUGGUUCACCUGUUCCCUUAAGAACAAGGCUAAUGCUAAUGCUGUUGAAGAUUCCUGGAAAUUACAGUAUGCCUUGGUUCACUUUUUGCAAAUGGGAUGGCACCUUUUAUGAAAUUCUCUAGUCGGGCUUUCCCAUUGAACAUAUCUGAUCCUAGGAUUUGCAGGAAAUUUCUGCACAGUAUAGCUGCAGCGUUUACCUCAGCCAUCGUCCAUGAAUCUGCUAAAAAAAAAAUGAAGGGCAUGAUCGGCUUGCUGGCUUAUAGAGGCUAGAGGAGCAGGAUAGCCUUAAGAAGGCGAGUGGGAUGUUCUUUCCUGUUCCUCAAUAAGACAGUCAUGUGUGCCCUUGAGCAAGGUACUUAGCCAAUUGCCCAAGUGCAGCUGCUCACUUGCUAACAAUAGAAGUCUAUGUCUGUGCGGGCUAGCUCCCUGAAGUAAAUAUGUUUAGCUACGUUGAGGGUAUUGAUAUAAAAUUGUCCCCUGGAUAUAUUUAAAGAUAAACAACAGUUCCACAAAUGUCCCUUGGUUCUGUGUAAGUAAAUUACAGCCAGUAUUGUUGUAUGAUUAAACUGUUUCAGUCAGUGCCAUAGUUACCAGCUGGGAUCUAGUAUGAUAAGGGAUAUAAAUCAUAUCUUUUUUUUUGUUGACUCCAGUCUUGUUUCAUCUGGGAUUACACCACUCCCCUCUCCCAAAAAAAAAAAAAGAUAUGCAUGACGGGCUGAACCUGUAGACACAAAACUGCUCUGGGAGUUAUGAAUAGCACUGAAGCUGACCACAACCAUGCAACAGCAGAACAAGGCUAACAGACUCCUCACUGUUGGAAGAACUUUUGCUGGUGCAUUCAUUAUUUUGUAUGUACCUUGUAGGUUUUGUUUUGCAUGACCUAAGUUUUGAAAGGUUUUAUUUUCAUAUAUUUUUACUCCACACCAUCCGAUUCAUCUCCACAGCCAGGAAAAGAAAGAUCCAGUGUUUACAUGCUCAAAUUGCACUUGUUUUACAGCCAGCUCUAUAAAUCUUGUGAAGCAAACUGUUCGUAAAAACUGGAGGAAAAAUGUAAACAUAGAACGUACAUCGUGUGAUAUGUACUUCUAUACAAUGUAUUUACUGUAAAUCACGCAAUUUGGAAUAAAUGCACCAAGUGCAUGCUGUAGUUUUAUCAGGUUCAGCAUAAGCAUUAACAUCGAUCGCCCUUCAACUAAAAAGGAUGUAAAGGAUGCUCACCAGUAGCAUCUGAACGUAAGCCAUGUGAUUGCACACUGAGUGGGUUGUCCUUGUAUUUUCUCUUUAAUAAGUUGCCUCUGGUUAUGGUCUGUUGUCGAUUACUGUAUGAUGAUACUUGCAAGAAGCUGUGCUGAUUCCCAGUUACACAUCAGUAUACCUCCCUCUUUGAAGGAGCAUAACAGAGAGACUGUCUCAUGUUUAACCAGUAGGUAAGAAAGAUUUUCCAACACUUUAUAAAGAUUGGUAACUAAAAGAAAGAAACCCACAAGACCAACAAACCAUUUAUUUUUCAGUAUGAAUUAGUAAAUGAUUUUAUUCAUUUCUGUGUUCAUUUCUGAUUUGUUGUAUUUGUUGCAUUUGUUAUGGAUUGUUAUUCUUACUGUUGUUGUUGUUUUAUCAUAAGAAGGAAAUGUAAUUCAUCUGAUAUACUGGCACUGGAAGAAAAAUGCAUUUGGUUUUUGUACUGUAAUUGUUUUGUUCACAUUGGGCGCUUAUUUGAUUCAGUUGUUUAAUAAGGUGUUUGAUUUCAUUUGGAGUAUCAGUACUCAUGGAAUCAACAUUUGUGUAGUAUGAAGUUGUAUUUUUUUUGUCAGUGCAAAUUAAUGUUAUAGUGUCAAUCAGCUUUUUUAGGUGUUUGAACAAAAUGUGUUUUUUACAAAUACAAGGUGUUCAAGUAUGUGGUAUAAAAAGGGUUAUCAUUCAAACAACAGACUUUUUACAAAUAAAGGCUUAUACAGUAAAGAAAGCUAAUGUCUUUUCAUUUGCCCUUUGAGGACUAAUAUAGUGCAUUGUUUCAUUUGACCUUUUACUAAUUUAUUUUCAGAUAUUAGUCCCCAAAAGGUAAAUAGCAUACAAUGUUGCAAAAUAAGUGGAUAAAAUCAGGUAUUUACCAUUGCUAUUCCAGGUUGUUGUCAGAGCUCUCACCUCUUAGUUGGUGUCUUGCUUUUGAUAAGGACUGUUGGAUGUGACGACAGUCUAAAAACAAAAUUUAAAGAGUAUCUUCUUUUAAUUUGAUUACAAAACAUUGCGCGUUUAUGAGAAUAUACCUUCUUUCAUACCCUAUUUCCUGAAUAAAGACGCAAAGUGA